AUGCGUCGUCGUCAGUUACAAACGAGCGGCUCCUUGGAUUGGGCAUCCGUUGCAAAACUGUGAGUACCUCCGCCAUUGCCGGGUGAAAAAAUGGCUCGUUUCAGUGCGAGUGUGGUAGCGCUAUCAUUGCUAGUAUGCCUAGCUGUGGGAGCUCGCGCGCAGAUGGUUUGCUGGUCCUGCUAUGAUUGUGGCGUGAACAGUCUACAAGCCACCGUGUGUGGCACCCCGACGUCCGGGGGAGGAGGUGGUAGCAAUGGACAACCCACACUACCAACCUCACCCCAGCCGACGCUGCCGACAGCAGCGACGACGGUGUGGCCUCAGGCCACCUGGUAUCCACCAUUGUCGUCCACCGUUACACCGUGGGGCCGCUCGAUCGGUUACAUGUGUUACCGCAACCAACGUUACAUUGCAUCGCAAAAUCGGUACACCUACGAUCGGGGCUGCGCAUUACAGCUGAACUCGCACGAAGCGACCUGCCGAAGCUUGGAUGGCAAUGUCGUUGAUUCCGUGUUCUGUGAGUUCUGUACCGGCUCCCUCUGCAACUACUGAGCGGUGUACAAUCCGUCAUAAUAAGGCACAUGGUCACGAUGGAGAUGAUUUUCGGUACAGUACGCGGAGUCACCUCUAGGUUUACAGCCAUCAUGUUAUCAUCGCAUUAUCAGCGCGUCGUCUGGAAUCAAUAAAUGGCGCCAUUUAAAUGCGGGCAUGAUAAAACCAAA